GAAGAGGCGGCACGCUAGUUGCUCACGGACUUUUCUUACUAGUGCGAGAUGGGUCACGCAAAGAGACGUGCUAGUAUGUUAACAACUGCGGCACAUUGCGCGUAAUGCGAUGCACUAGCGGGGUAAUGGCCACAACAUAUGGCGCGCGGUGCGGCGCACACUGUCCAUUCUAAGAGAGAAGAAGCGGCACGCUAGUUGGUGACAGACUUUUCUUUGCCUUGUGUAGUGGACUGCUCUGGUUGCCAGUUGUUCACAACACUGACCCCAUAAUGCCAUGCGGUGCGGCGCUCAACCAUCCAUUCUAAGAGAGAAGAGGCGGCACGCUAGUUGCUCUUAGACUUUUCCUUGCCUUGCAUGCAUUGCACUGCUCUGGAUGCCAGUUGUUUACAGCACCGACCCCUUAUGUGACACGCAAUGCGGCGCACAACUGUCCAGUUUAAGAGAGAAGAGGUGGCACGCUAGUUGCUCUCAAACUUUUUCUUGCCUUGCGUGUAGUGGAUUGCUCUGGAUGCCAGUUGUUCACAGCACCGACCCCAUAUGUGGCACGCGGUACGGCGCACAACUGUCCAUUUUAAGAGAGAAGAGGUGGCACGCUAGUCGCCCGCAGAUUUUUCUUUUCCAUGCGUGCAGUGGACUGCUCUAGAUGCCAAUUGUUCGCAGCACCUAUCCCAUCCGGCCCCACAUUAGAGCCGUUCCGCCACUAUAUAUUCUUCUAGUGGCCUUCUUCUUUCAUCAGUCUUCUUCCUUCUCUAGUCCUGUUGCAUAGGUCGCUUCCAUUUAUAAUAGCUUUAGCCAUCAUAUCUGCUAUCUCUAUCUUAACCUGGCCCCUAUCCUGAUUGUCUCAAUCAACCGCCGAUCCAUCACCUUAGCCGGAGGUAUUCAGUCUUGUUGCGCGCCAAACUUCCUCACUCGGCCUGAUCUCUACAUCCAAAAGUACCCAGAAUCAUGAAUCUCGAACUUUAAUCCUAGUUUUAUAUCGAUGACCUUGAUGUAGUUUUCAAACCUCGUGUCAUCGGCGAUGAAGAAGAAGAGACGAUGAAAGAUCUCUUUAGAUCUAGCGCAAAGAAGGGUAAGAGAGAGAAUGGUACAAGUUAUUGGAGAAGUAUAUCGAUAGAAUAUAUGACUUUUUCUCCAAAUAAAAAGAGAAAAAAAGUCUCGUUACGAGAUGACAAUAGGAGAGGGGACGACGGUCCUCGAUUCGUGAUUCUGGGUACUAUUGGAUAUGGAUGUCAUUUAGCCUGCCUGCGUCCACCGAUGGUCGAUGCGCGCAUCGACUUGACUUGGCAUGCACAGGAGUGGCUCCACUCACCGCGGUUCGCGGCGUGCAAGCGUCACGGCCGGCAGCGCUGGCCGCGCUCGGCACGCGGUGCGCAUCUCGCCGCGGCGUGCGGGUGUCGCGGCCGGCCACAGGCAGGCGCCGGCACGCCGGCCGUUUCCGCCUUUCCAGAGCGGGGCCGAUCCCCCGCGCGCCGCCGUUGCAGACAUCCGCACCGCCUACAGCCGGCAGGCCCUGAAGUGGCGUCCGGACAAGCUGGAGCUGCCGGGGGGACGAAGGCGACCGUCGUCGGGCGAAGGAGGAAGCCAAGGCGCAAUUCCAGCAGCUGCAGAUGGGUGCUGUCGGACGCCUCCAAGAAGGCGGCGUACGACCGGGACGUCGUCGUCGUCUCCCCGUCCGAGUCCGAUCUGGAGGCCAUGGACGACUUGGUUGACGAGAUGGACAGGCUGGUGGAAAGGAUGAAACAGUUUCUGAGCAGGAUUAAACAGGAGCCCAACCUCACCAUGGCAAAGAUGCUGGCCAUGAUGGACGAGGAGAUCAACAAGGGCUACUGCGACCUGCCUCGGGCGCCUGGGAGAUGGACGCCGCCGUAUCGCUCUAGCGCGGGGACUAGUGGCGCCGACGCCCAGGCAGCUGCCACCUGCCAGGGACGCCCGCGGGAAGUCGUCCUCCUCGACACCGCCACCGGGGUUCUACGACCCGUUCGGCCGCACAGGCUAGCUGCUUCCUGUGCGAGUGCGACCAUCUGCGCUGCGUUGAACCAAGUAGUUCUAGUUGUAGCCCCGGAAUAUCCUAGCUAGGACGGCUGAGUAUUGAUGAAUGACACCUGUGGUUACUGUGUACUAAGGGAAAGGGAUAAUCCUCCAGGGUUAGUCGAGCAGGCAGUGCGCUGCAUCACCGAGACAAGGCAAAAACUUAGUGACCAAAUGUUCCUCAUCGUGAUCUUUU